AGAGGCGUGGCUAUUGGGCGUGCGGGAGCAAAGGAACAAGAACACACAGCCGUCACAUUGGAUUACGCGCAGUUUCUCCUUAGACCGGAGCCAAUUAGUGGCCAACAGCAACAGCUACAACAGCAACUGCAACAGCUGCAAUUGCAACAGCAGCGUCUGCUGCUGCAACGUUUCGAGCGUGAGUUGCAGCAACAGCAGCAACAACAACAGCAAUUCCUUUACCAUCAGCGGCAAUACUACGAGCGCCUCAGUAGCUACAACGCUCCAACACGUUGGCCGCUCAACAGCAACUACGUUGCGCUACCCCAACAGGAGCCGCAUCCACAAUUGCAGUUGCAGUUACAGCAGCAACAACAGCUACAACAACUGCAGCAGCAGCAGCAGCAGCAGCAACAGCAACAGCAACAGCAAUACAGCUACUACUUUAGUCGCGGCACCAGCAGCAACAGCAGCAGCGGUCUGGGUCUCGGAUUGGGCUUGGGCCUAGGUCUGGGCAGCAGCUGGUAUCAUCUGCCCUCCACCUCGGCGCAUAUUUAUAUCAACAGCACCAGCAGCGGCACACCGUAUCCGUAUCGCUUGGGCUACGGCGUAGGCGGCUAUCCGGCUGCGGCGCUUAUCAACUUUGACGUCUCGCCUACGCCACUCUUGGCUGCCACCAACACCAGCAGCAGCAGCAGCCACAGCGCAGCAGCUGCAGCAGCCGCCGUCAACGCCACUUAUCUGCCGCCAUUGCCGGCGCCCGUGCUACCACCGCCGCCGCCAGCGCCAACAGUUGCCACCGACUACUAUUUUGCCAGUCGCACCAGCAGCACCGUCACUGCAGGCACAACAGCAACAGCAAGCGCAGCAGCCGCCGCCGCCGCAGCAGCAGCCGCAAUCAGAGCAGACUACGCAGCGGUGGUAGCAGCAACAGCCACAGCGGCGGGCGCAUCGUCGGAGGAGGAGCUGCAAGCUGGCGGUUAUCGCUACAAGUCGACGGCCAGGACACGCCGCAGUUACGCCGCUGACUUCGACGCCUACGAUAAUUACGGCUAUUUGCCGGGCCUCACCAGCACCACAGAGGACGAGGACGAUCUGCUCGAGGAUUGUCUGCAGGCCGCCGCGCUACUCUCCACCACAGACUGCGAGAGCCUUGAGGACGUGCGCUUUCUGCCCUACAACAGCAAUCAUCAUCCGGAGUACGACGACGUUGACGACGAGGAGGCGCAAUUGGCGCACAUACUUGAGCUUGAUUUUCCAGAUUUUCUACGCCCUUACAGCAGCAGCAGCGCCGGCAGCAGACACGGCCACAAAACGCCGCCCCAACACGAAUAUCAAACGGAGCACAGCGCUGCCGCUGCGGCUGGUGCAGCAGGAGCAGGAGCAGGAGCAGCGGGUGCAGCUGGUGAAACGCAACAGCAGCAGCAGCACCAUCAGCACUAUCAGCAACAUCAUCAUCAACAUCAGCAUCAGCAACAAUUUCAAUCGCAGCAACAGCAACACCAGCAGCAUCAGCAAUAUCCGCAGCAAUAUCCACACCAACAGCAGCUGCAGCAGCAGCAACAGUCGCAUCAGCAGCAAUCUUAUCAAUCCUAUCAGUAUCACUCGCAGGACAGCUGCGAAGGCUUUAAUCAAUUUGCAAACGACGCCAGCAGCUGCCUGGGACAGCAAAGAAUGAUGGUGAGCAAAUUGUGGAACAGCUGCUUUCCCGAAUUCACGCCGGAUCAUGUGCAUCGCCACAACUUUUAUUUGUGCCAGUGGCAGCGCAAUACGCAGGUGCGCAUUGUGUAUUUGUUUUAUCGCUGGAUAACGGCCAUAACUUGCCUGGCGGCAUUGGUCUGCUCGCUGCUGGACAUUGGACGCACCGAGGAGCACUUUGAGCAUCACUACGCCAAGUGGUGGAUCUAUUUGACGCACUGGGGGCUGCUCUUCUGCACCGUGCAGGCCUGGCUGGCCGCCUGGAUUGUCACGCAGGGCAUGAUGGUGGAGCGCGAGGAUUUCGAGAUAGUGCGCCAGGCGAAGAAGAGUCGACUGCAUCAUCUGUACUGGGUGCUCUACACUUGCGCCACAGUCUAUGCCUUUAUCGUAACCAUGUGCUAUUGGCUGCUGGUGCAUAAUCCAGAUAUCCACAAGAUCGACACGCUCAAUAUAAUGGUGCAUGUGCUCAAUACGAUUAUAAUGCUCAUAGAUCUGGCCGUUGUGGGACAUCCGAUUAAAAUGAGCCACGCCUACUUUACCACAGGCAUUGGACUGGCCUAUGCCAUAUUUACAGGCAUUUACUUCCUGGCUGGCGGUACAGACAGAAAAAAUCAAACUGCCAUCUAUCCGAUGAUGGACUGGACCAAGCCGGGCAAGGCCAUCAUUGUCACAGCCUGUGCCAUCAUUUUUACAUUCUUUGUGCACUUUUGCUGCUAUUUGCUCUACCGCGGACGCGUCUGGCUCUUCACCAAGCUCUGCAUACGUGGCCGGCACAACCGAGAUGGCGAGAUGGGCGAGGGGCUUAAUGAUGAUUCGGGAUCCCGCAUGGGCGGCGGCGGCGGCGGCGGUGUUGGUGGCGGCAUUGCGGCUACAGUGGUUGGUGGGGGCGGUGGCAGCAGCCAAGACUAUGCGCAUCAGCAACAGUAUCCUAUAGCGCAUACGGAGCAGCCACGCCCCAUUGCCAUCUCACAGCAGCCGCUGGGCAGCUACCAGAUGCCGCCACAGUAUUCUGGAUAUUUGCAGCAGCCCGUGGUCGCGGGCGUCAAUGUGGGCGUGGUCAGUGCCGAGGGCGUCUAUCAGCCGAUUGGCACGGACUCGGGACGCACAAGUGGCGGCGGGCCGGGUGCAAGUGGCAGUGGCAGCGGCAGUGGAGAAGGUGCCGGCUCCAAGCACAAGGUAUCCGGCUCGGCACUAACACGCACCGUGGCCCACUUGGAUGCGGCGCAGCGGGAGCAGUUCCUCAAUCCCAACAAGAUAGUCGAGUAUAAGAUGUAAAGGCGUUGUACCCGGCACCGGUAUACGUUCCACUUGUCCAUGAAAUUUCUGGAGAAGCACUGUGCCCAAUGCGAGGCGACGCGCGAGGCGAGCAGCGAGGAGCAGCGGCAUCUGGCGAGCGCGACGAGCAACGAGCCAGAGGCGGCAACGUAGGCACAGUGGUUUAGGUUAGUUUAAGCAUUCCAGUUGCACAGUGCACAGUGGUUUGCAAGUAGUUCGUCUUGUAGCGCCACCUGUGUGUCGUAACUGUAAAAUGUAGUUUCGUAAUUUUGUAAAAGCUUUGCCACAGUAGACAUUCGAUUUGUGCGACCCCCGCUCGCAACCGAAAGCAACUAUAAUCGAUAUGUAUUCGUAGUUUGCAUAGACUUUAGACCGUUUUCGACGAAUUUAAUGCAAUUUUCCAAUACUUUCGGUGGACUAAGUUGAGCAAUUUGAUUUGUGUUUGUUUAUUUUUUUGAUUGUGUUUGAAUUAAAUUUGAUAUAAAAUUUAUAUUUUUAAGAACGCAUACUGCCUCAAGUAUUGACUUUUUGUUCACGUUUCUUUUUUGCAUAUAUAUACACAUAGAUAUAUAUAUAUAUAUAUAUCGGUGCAGGUGUACAGCGCUUAGACGCAGUAUUAAAUUCACAACAUUUUUGCCAGCACUUAGCACACUGUGCAGGCACCCGCAAAGGUAAGGCAGUAAAAUUAUAAACCAAAUAUAUAACAAGAGUAAAAGAUUUAAUUUUAAGUCAUGUUUGGCAUUGCUUAAAUUAAAGUUUUUUAAACAAUAAUAAUACAGAGAACAAAAAAUGUAAUUUAGUUGCAUUAAAUAUUUCCAAGCAGCUUAAACUAACUAAAGUAUGCACGACCUUAAAUAAUAAUUUUAAAACAAAAAAGUAUAAAAGCAAAAGUUUAUUAAAAUUGUUAAAACGAAAACACAAAAACGAAAAGAAACCUAAAAACACAAAGCAGUAUUAAACAAUUGUUAUAAACCGUACAUUCUUUGCUCAGUAUACAGUAUAAAAAAAAGAAGAUAAUUGUACAAUAUUUAUGCAUUGCUAAAGAGUUUUGUGUAUCGCAAUACCUUAUAAAAAAAACACAACUCCAAUUACCUGGCAAAUCACAAUACUUACAUAUAUACCUAUUAUGAAAACAAAAUAAAAAAAAAUUAAAAACAAAAAAAACGUUUAGAGUGAUUAGUGUAAACUGUAUUUUAAAUACUUAUGUGUAUGUAAAUAGUUGCAUCUGUUGAAAACAAUUGCUUUGAAGUUUAAACAAAAGUAUCUAUACUCAAGAAAAAUUAAAAUAUUUGACACAACACACACAAACAAAAUCAAAUGGGCAAAUUCUAUAUAAAUUGUUGUAACUGUAAACUCCAAAGGUAAAACCAAAAUAUGACAACUAAAACCAAAAGAAAAAAAUCAAAUACAAAUGAAUAAAACUCGUCAAGAGGAAUGUGUUAACAAGUAAAUAAAUUAAAACUAUAAACAAAAUGCUUAAGGAACAAGCAAACAUGUAUAACUUAAAAGUCUAUUCAAGUCUAUAUAGCUAUAUAUGUUUGUAUGUGUGCUUAAGUGUUCAUAAACUCAAAAUAGAUUACAUUUAAUUUUCGAUAGAUUUACAUAAAAACUAACAGCAAUAUUUAUAAAAUGCACACACACAAAUACAC